AUGGAAGAACAGAAAGAAGGUGAAAAUUUACCUGAAGAUGUCCUCCAAGAUGCUGAAAGCAAUGACUCUUUCUUCAGCUCAGAAUGCCGUUCAUUCAUCUCCCAAAGCCCUAGACCCAGAGUUCUACCCCACAGACGUCCAAAAGACCAACCCAACGACUACAAAUCCCUUCAACAACAAGUAGACGACCUCAACGUAUACAAUUCAAAAUUUGCAGCUAUCCCAGAUGCCGACUUCAGCCAAGAAAUACCUUUACACUCCAUUUGUUCUGUCCAAGGUAUUUCAGUUAUCGAAGAUGAAAAUGAAGAGGAAAAAGAUGCUUUAAGGAAAACGGUUUAUAAUUAUGAGAAUCAGGCUAGGAUUGAGGAGAUAGAUGAUAGGUUUGAGAUUGAUGAGAAUUUAACUUGGAAAGAGUUAUUGAAAGAUUUGAUUUCAAAAUUGAACAAUAUGCAAGAGAGAAAUAAAUUUAAAAAUCAGAAGAUAAAAGAAAAUAGAGUGAUCAAUGCCUUCAAAAGAAGCUUUGAGAAUGCCAACAACAUCCAAACGGGCUCACUAUCCGAACUAAAUACCGAAAAAUACUCAAAUUUCUGGAAAGAACUCCUAAAAACCGACAACAGCCGAAUCGACUUGAACCACUGUCUAUGGAAGCUCACUCAACAACAGCUGAACCAUCUCGAACUGAGCAAACCCGAAAUCUCAAAAGAAGAAAUCGAGCAGAGAAAGUGUGAAGUUCGAAGGUAUGAAGAGCAAUACAAGAAUGAGCUAAAAGCUUUGAAACAGACUCUAGACAGCAAUAAAUAUAAAGACGUCACUCUGAGCAAAGCAUUGAGUUUUGAAAUUAUUCAAGGCAAUUGAGAAGAUGACCCGAUACUGAUAGAUGAUCGUAAUGAAAAAUCCAUUGAGAUGAUAAGAAUAACCAUUAUAAACAAUUGGGUUGUUCAAGAAUGAAUUAAUACAAUCACUGACAAAGAAUUCAUGGAUGAGCUUCAUUCUUUCAUAAAAGAAACAUUUGCGCAGCAUCAAAAGUUUUAUGAAAUCAUUCUAAAGCAAACUAAGAUUAUACUAUCCAAGUAUGAAAAAUCAGACUUUCAAAAUAAAUCAGAAGAAUCGGAAUCAUCUGAUCCAGAAUCAUUAACAGAAAGUACUAAAGACAGAUUGGACCAACAAAUGGAGAAGCGUGUAAGCGCUAUUAUUGUUAGGUCCGAAUUAUGCAAUCCAAGAGAAGAGCAGAAAGAGUCUGAGGUCAAUCUUGAAGUUAGCGAAAUGGAAAGAGAUGAGAAAGCUAAAUAUGAACAAGAAGUACAACUACUUCAACAACAAAAUGAUGUUCUAGUUCAAAGAAAUAAAAAGUUACAAGAAGAAUGCUCGAAGCAGCAUGAUUUUAAGACAGAGAUACAAAGCUUAAAAGCAGAGCUUACUGCAUUGAAAACAGAAAACCUAAAUCUAAAAAUCGAACUGGAACAAAAGACCGGCGAUUAUACCACUCUUUCACAUCAAAUAAAGGCAAUUUCAAAAGACAAGCAAGAACUUCACAAGAGAGCCUCAGCCCUAUCAUCCCAAAACAAAGACCUCCAAGUCACCAACCAAUCACUCCUCUCCCAAACAAGCCAACUCCAAGCCCUCCAGUCAACCUUCAAAACCGCUCAAGGGGUCAUCGAAUCCAAAACCUCAAACAUUUCAGUUCUCUUUGACACAGCCCAAAAAAUUACUGAACAAAAUAAGCAGCCUUAUAGAACAAAAGAGGAGUUUGAGAAGAUUAUUGACCAGAACAAGCAGCACAUGGAAGGGAAAGAAAGAGACCUAAAAAAGGCCCACCAACAAGCCUUAGACCUUAAAGACCAUCAACAUCUCGAAAAUCUCCAUCUAUACGAACAGAGAAUAGCCAAAGCAGAUAAAGACUUCGAUGAAUCCCGAAAGAAAAUCCAAAUUCUUAAGGGAAAGAUCUCUGAGUAUAGCCAUAACCUGGAACUGUCUUCAAGCUCAUAUAUAAAGUACUUUAGAAUGACGAAGGUGCUUAAUGAAAAAUUGGCUGUAAAAGAGCAGAAAUACACCAAACUUAAGAGCCUUUACAGAGGAAUGAUUGAAGAAGGAAACAGACUGUUGAGACUCAGGGAAAAUGAUAGGGAAUUAUAUGCCCAAUUGAAGAGUGACUAUGAUAGAGUCUUUGAGAUAUUGACUUCUUGGGAUCAAAAGGAUAGUGAUAAGUCAUGCAUUUUGAAAGAAAUAUUGGAUCAACAUAAAAGAAUAUGUGACGACUAUGAAAUGGUGAUCGCCAAUAAUACCAACUCUUUCCAGAAAUAUUACCUAGCUACGAAUAAUCAAAUUCAGAAACAUAACUCAAUAGUCAAUGAACGUUUUGCAGAAUAUUCGAUAAUUAACCAAGAAAAUCUAAUAAUGAUUGAUGCUCUCAAGAAAGCUCUUAAAGAAAAUGCAAAAUCUCAGUUUGGUAUUACAAGACAAGUUGCAAGUCAACAGCAGAUUGAUAAAUUUAUCGCAGAACUAUUCAAGAAACUUAAAAGAAGUCCGAUUCUAAUUCUAGAAGGAUAUGAAAAGCACUUGGUUCAGAAACAGAAGAAGUUAGAUAAAAUUAACAAAGAUCUUGAAUGACAAGAAAAUCACGUUUCUAAAAUAAAUAAAUCUAUUCUUGAGCACAAUGAAGGUAUUAGAAAAGUAGUAUCUGAGCAAAGAGAUUCUACUGAGAUAGAGAUCGAAGCUACCAAGAUCACUAGUUUCCAGAAUCAACUGAAAAUUCAGAUGCUAGAGUAUGAGACUGAAAGAAUUAAUGAGAUUCUUGAACCUAAUGAUCUUGUUGUUCAACUUACUGAGCAAAAUCAAGAGCUUGAAAAGAGAGUUAAAGAUAUUGAGAAAACUUGUAACCAGCAUUUGGAAGAAUAUAAUAAGGUAAAACAAGAAAUUUUAUUGCAAAAGAGCAACGCUGAUUUACAUCAGAAAAAUUCCCAAAUUAUUGCUAAAAAAAAAGAAGAAUUAGAGAAAAAUUUAUCUGAAGAUAUCAAAAAGCUUCAAUCUAAAAUAAAGGAGUUGACUGAUACAAAUGAGCAGCUGAUUGCUCGCGAAGGCCAAGCACAGUGAGAACUAGAUAUUGCAAGUGAGAAAUAUGAAGAUUUGAGCUCUCAUGUUAAAGACCUAACUUAUCAAAAUAUGGUUUUAAAAGACAAACUUAAAAAAGAAAAUAAUAAUCAAGAAAUUAAAGAAAAGAUUGAUGUUAAGGAUAAGAAGUUAAAUGAAAUAAAACAAAAGUUGGCUAAAGAGAAUGAGACUAAGAUGAAACUUCAAGAAAAAAUAGAAAGUCUAAAGAGGAUUAUUGAUAAUAUUAGAGUAGAAAAAGCCGAUCUCGUGGCGCAUAUUAAAGAGUUGGAAACAUAUUUAGAAGGUAUAAAUGAACGAUCUGAAGCUCUCCAGGAACAAACAGAUACUCUCAAAAUUCAAAACACCUCUCUUAAUACCAAAAUAACCAAAAAUUACAAUAAAAUCUCCAACCUUGAGCAAAAAAACAAAGAUCUAAAUAAAAGAAUUUCAGAUUUCAAGAAAAGAAACAACGACUUAACCAAAAAACUCUAUGCCACCGAAGAAGAAAAUAACCACCUAAAGAAAAUAUCUUCAACCCCAAAAUCAAAACCCUUAAGACACGGAAGUUUAAAUAAAAUUCGCAGGACUUCUUCGAACGUUAGGAAAGAGAGGAGGAAACUGGGAGGUGGUGAGAGCCUUACAAAAAGGAUUGAUGAAGCGGAUCUAAAUGAAGAGAACAAAGAAGAUAACAGCUGCUCUUAUGUCAAAAAUAAAACUAAGCAAGUUAGAAAAAGUUAUAAUGUUGCAAAAGAAGAAAAUAGGAGACUAAAUCAAAAUUUGAUAAUUGAUGAACCAAUUAGUGAAGAAUCAUCAGAUGAUUCAAUAAAUCCCUUUGAGCCAUCCAGACCAAGACCAAGUCUUGAGACCCCUCAGCCCAGAAAGUACAAGAGCUUCUUCCCGAAGACUAAGAAAGACAGAAUCAAGAAGAAAGUUAGAAUAGUAAAGAAACGGUUUGAAAGUGAUUCUGAAUAA